ACCUGUGAGGAAAAACCAACCAGUGAGAGCUAUCAAUUUGAAAAACCAAGUCCAACAAUGGCGGUCUCUCCGCAUAUUUCGCCUACUCUUUCCCGCUACAAAUUCUUCUCUACUUCCGUUGUUGAAAACCCUAAUUUCUCUCCGUAUCGUAUCUAUAGUCGGCGGAGAGUUACCAAAUCACAUCUCCAGGCGCACAACAGUACCACUAGCUAUGGCCGGACGGAACUCUCCUCCUCGAAGAAGCUAUGGAUUAGGCAACGAAGCUUCAGCGAAAUGGAGGUUGAGCAAGCACAAUUAGAAGAUGAUGAAGAACAAGUGGAGAUCGAUAUCGUCGACGAAGCCAGUCUUCUCUCCCUGAGCAUGAAACCGGACAGAAACAUGGCGUUGCUCGACGAUUAUGAGAUGGAGGAGCUUGGACACACGCCUAAUACUCAUCAUCGGAGCGGAUAUGUGGCGGUGGUGGGGAUGCCCAACGUCGGGAAAAGCACGCUUUCGAAUCAAAUGAUUGGUCAGAAAAUAUCGAUUGUUACAGAUAAACCUCAAACGACGAGGCAUCGGAUUCUUGGUAUUUGUUCUAGCCCUGAAUAUCAGAUGAUACUUUAUGAUACGCCUGGUGUAAUUGAGAAGAAGAUGCACAGGUUAGAUACAAUGAUGAUGAAGAAUGUCAGAGAUGCUGCCAUCAAUGCGGACUGCGUAGUAAUUCUUGUUGAUGCUUGUAAAACGCCUACUAAUAUAGAAGAAGUUUUGAAAGAGGGUUUGGGAGACCUUGAGAAAAAGCCACCCAUGUUGCUUGUUAUGAAUAAGAAAGAUCUGAUCAAACCUGGUGAGAUUGCCAAGAAACUGGAGUGGUAUGAAAAAUUUACGGAUGUUGAUGAAGUUAUACCUGUAAGUGCAAAGUAUGGACAUGGAAUAGAGGAUGUCAAAGAGUGGAUAUUAUCCAAACUUCCCUUCGGGCCACCUUAUUAUCCAAAGGAUAUUGUGAGCGAGCAUCCAGAGAGAUUUUUUGUUUCUGAGAUUGUUAGAGAGAAAAUAUUUAUGCAGUACCGAAAUGAAGUUCCUUAUGCAUGUCAGGUGAACGUGCUGAGCUACAAAACUAGACCAGCUGCAAAAGAUUUUAUUCAAGUGGAAGUAGUAGUGGAUAAAAAUUCUCAGAAGAUCAUCCUUAUAGGAAAAGAAGGAAAGGCUCUGAAAACACUAGCAACGGCUGCUCGGCUCGACAUUGAAGAUUUCCUUCAGAAGAAAGUCUUCCUCGAGGUGGAAGUGAAAGUGAAAGAGAACUGGAGACAAGACGAGGGGCUUCUCAAGUACUACGGCUAUGGAGGACAGAUCCGAGCUAUGUAGUAUGUGGGCUUCAAAUGGGCCUUGAAGAAGAUGAGAAAGUGCAAAUGACUCGGCGGCUCAGGUUAGCUUUUUCCCUUCUUUUUUUUUGUAUUUAGCCGAUGCCACUCAGUCUAGCUUUUGUUUUUAAUCUCAAUCAGUUGAUUCCUUUGGAAAUUUGAACUCUUUCUUCUUUUGUUUUGUCCUUAAGAGUUUGUUCAACCAACCCCACUGAAUAUCUCAUUCCAUGAUCACAGGUAGUAGACUUAUAAUUAAACAAUUGCAUUUAAAUUUGCUUUAAAAGAAAUGAAAAAGGUGAAGCGUAAUUUAUGGCGGGGGAUAAGUAGAGUGAAUUGCUGUGUGUGUUUGGUUGGGUCGAGUGGAGUCGGUGGAAGUUAAGAUCCACUUAUUGCGCCUAUGCUUCUUCUGUUGAUAGAAAAAAAGUGUC